AUGGCCUUCAGGUAUGCACAUAUAUUGCCAGUUACUAUUAUUGGAGCCAUUGUUAUUACUGAUUGUUAUAGCCCUGUAUGGCAUUGUCUUCGUUGGUUUCAUCGCGAGACAAAGUUGGUAGUAUUCACAGCUUACAGAAAGCUCUGUCGAAAUUUUCAUAAGAUCCCUGAGAGUUUAAAAUUCGAGGAUGAAUAUUACAAGUCAGGAGAUAAGUGGGAAGGUCAAGGAGCAAGAUUCCAGAGAAAGUAUGCUUUGCAAUUGAUCUUUGAUGUUGGAUUGAGUGGUGCCAAAUCAGUGAGUACACCAUUAGAACUAAAUCUCAAACUUACCAAACUUGAAUAUGAUCAAGAAGUUGGAAACACUGGAGAUGCUAAGUUGGAAGACAUCACAAGUUAUCAGAAAAUUGUAGGAAAACUCUUAUACUUAACCAUCACUAGACCUGGUAUAUGUUUUGGAGUACAAGUAUUAAGCCAGUUUAUGCAACAUCCCAAAGUUUCACAUUGGGAAGAUUCUUUGAGGAUGGUGAGAUAUAUCAAGAAGUCAGCAGGCUUAGGAGUCAUUCUUAGAAGAGGCAGUGUUCCUCAACUAUUUGGUUAUUAUGAUUCAGAUUGGGCUGCUUGCCCAAAUACCAGGAGAUCUUUCAUUGGUUAUGUUGUAAAACUAGGAGAAUCUCUUAUUUCUCGAAAGUCAAAGAAGCAACCAACAGUUAGUAGAAGUUCAGCUGAAGCUAAAUAG